AUGAAGUUCCUCCAGACCGUGACAGCCUUCCUGCUGCCACUCGCAGCUUUGGCCGCAAAGAAACCCUCGACCGACAAGUUCGCCGACUACCGAUCGCAACAGCUGUCGGCUGCCGCUCCCCUCAAGCUCGACGACAAUGAAUACUCCAAAUUGACCUCGUCUCCCCGCGACUACUCGGUUGCCGUCCUCUUGACUGCUCUCGAGGCCAGAUUCGGAUGUGCCAUCUGUCACGAGUUCCAACCCGAGUGGGACCUGUUGGGCAAGUCCUGGGCCAAGGGAGACAAGAAGCAGGAGUCCAGACUCGUCAUGGGCACCCUCGACUUUGUCAAUGGCCAGAGGACUUUCCAGUCUCUGCAGCUCACCACUGCUCCCGUCUUGCUCUACUUCCCUCCCACCACUGGUCCCGACGCCAAGCCCGACACUCAACCUCUCCGCUUCGACUUCACCACUGGUGUCAUUGCUGCUGAGCCCGUCCACACCUGGCUCGCUCGCCAUGUCGCAGGCCCAACUCCCCCCCUCUCCCGCCCGGUCAACUACGUCAAGAUCAUCACCACCACCGUAGCCAUUCUCGGCACCAUCACCGCCUUCACAGUCGCUGCUCCCUAUGUCCUCCCCAUCCUCCAAAGCCGCAACCUCUGGGCCGCCAUCAGCUUGAUCGCCGUCCUCCUCUUCACCAGUGGCCACAUGUUCAACCACAUCCGCAAGGUCCCCUACGUCGCAGGCGACGGCAAGGGCGGCAUCUCCUACUUUGCCGGUGGUUUCCAGAACCAGUUCGGUCUCGAGACUCAGAUUGUUGCUGCCAUGUACGCCAUUCUUGCUUUCGCAACCAUUUCUCUCGCUCUCAAGGUCCCUCGUAUGACGGACCCUCGCGCUCAGGGUGUUGCUACACUGGCCUGGGGUCUGGUCAUGUUCGCCAUGUACAGCUACCUCCUCAGCACUUUCCGCAUCAAGAACGGCGGCUACCCCUUCUGGCUGCCUCCCUUCUAG